UGCAUUCUAGAAGAAAACCCGUCUGCUGGAGAAAAACAAAAGGUAGAUAAUAGGAAAAACACUAAUUUUUAUACCUUCCAACUCAGAAGUCAGGACCCAAGGCCGGAUAUUUAGGUGAAAAGUGAAAAGUACUGUUUGCAACUUUGAAACUCGCCAUUUAAUUUGAAUAUAACUUAGAGCAGCAUGGAUGAUCUUAGUGAACAGCAAGAAUUCUCGGAAUCAUUUCAACCAAGUCCGCCUUCGUUUUUGGUUAAUAUAUGCGAUCAAGUCACUGAGUUCAUUGUUGCCUACGGCUGGUAUUUCCUCAUCAUCGGGCUGGUUAUUAUAUUCUACUGGGAUCGAAUUCGUAAUUACUUGGAUGAGAGAUACAGAGAACAGUCUGAAAAAGAAUAUGAAGCAAAAUGUAAAAAAGAUCCAGACUGGUUGCAGCAAAGACAAAGAGAAAUGGAAGUAGCCAGGAAAAGAAUGCAAGAAGAAUUGGAUAGAAAAGCUGCUGAACAUGCUGCUAAGAUGAAAGAAAAGGAGGAACAAAAGAGAGCAGCAUUACUAGAGUCGAGUAGAGAAGGUGGGCAGAGGCUAGGCUAUGGAGAAGCAACCACGGCAGUGAAUGCAUCGCAAACAAAGAGCUCUACAACAAAGCCUUACCGUCCGGAAUACAACCCCCUGAUGGGAAGUGGGGGCAGUGGCGGCUACCGUCCCCCGCGUAGGGGGUGUCCUGGCGGGGGCUGUGGAUAAUCCAACCUUGACACUGAAACUCAAAUCUAACGUAAGCUUAACAUUGUACACACAAGUAACAUAGGGUGACUGCAUUUGUGAUAUAAAUUCUAGUUUUUAUAAUAAAUUGAUCUAAUGCCUAAAAGACUAUGUUUAUGAGACAAUUACUUUUGUUACCUUUACAUCACGAGUAUGGUUUUGUUACUUAAUCCACAUUUUACCAAAUAAAAAUAUUAAAACUGUUA